CGCGCGCAGCGGUCGGCCUGGUGCUGCAGAGGAGCCACAUUGUGACCGGGGACGACGCCACUACGUGGCCGUGAUCAUGGAGCUGGAGGCGAGGGGGGCCAAGGUCAUUCCCGUUUUCGCUGGCGGGCUGGAUUUCUCGGGGCCGGCGCAGAGGUACUUCCUCAAUCCGAUCGAUAAGAAGCCGUUCGUCAAUUCGGUGGUGUCCCUGACCGGUUUCGCGCUCGUCGGAGGCCCGGCACGGCAGGAUCACCCGAAGGCAAUCGAGGCGUUGAGGAACCUUGACGUGCCUUACAUUGUGGCUCUGCCCCUUGUGUUUCAGACGACGGAGGAGUGGUUGAAUAGUACUUUGGGGUUGCACCCUAUUCAGGUAGCGCUGCAGGUGGCGUUGCCGGAGCUUGAUGGAGGGAUGGAGCCCAUUGUUUUCUCGGGCCGGGACCCAAGAACAGGGAAAUCACAUGCGCUGCAUAAGAGAGUGGAGCAGCUCUGCACAAGGGCUAUCAGAUGGGGAGAACUCAAGAGAAAACCAAAGGCGGAGAAGAAAGUGGCCAUCACGGUGUUCAGCUUCCCCCCGGACAAAGGCAAUGUCGGCACCGCCGCCUACCUCAACGUCUUCUCCUCCAUCUACUCCGUCCUCUCCGACCUCAAGCGCGACGGUUACGACGUCUCCGGCCUUCCCGACUCCCCGGAGUCCCUCAUCGAAGACGUCAUCCACGAUAAAGAAGCCAAGUUCAGCUCCCCCAACCUGAACGUCGCCUACAAAAUGUCCGUCCGCGAGUACAAGGCCCUCACCCCCUACGCCGCCGCCCUCGAAGAGAACUGGGGCAAACCCCCCGGCAACCUCAACUCUGACGGCGAGAACCUCCUUGUCUAUGGCAAGCAGUACGGCAACGUGUUCAUCGGCGUGCAGCCGACGUUCGGCUACGAGGGCGACCCCAUGCGCCUCCUCUUCUCGAAAUCGGCGUCGCCCCACCACGGGUUCGCGGCGUAUUACUCGUUCGUCGAGAAGAUCUUUGGCGCGGACGCUGUCCUCCAUUUUGGGACCCACGGGUCACUUGAGUUCAUGCCUGGGAAACAGGUCGGGAUGAGCGAUGCUUGCUUUCCCGACAGCCUGAUCGGAAACAUACCGAACAUCUAUUACUAUGCUGCGAACAACCCGUCAGAGGCGACAAUAGCCAAGCGGCGGAGUUAUGCGAAUACGAUCAGUUACCUGACUCCACCAGCGGAGAAUGCGGGGCUUUACAAGGGUUUGAAGCAGUUAGCCGAGCUGAUAUCGUCAUAUCAGUCACUGAAGGAUUCCGGUCGGGGACCUCAGAUUGUUAGCUCCAUCAUCAGCACAGCGAGACAGUGUAAUCUUGACAAGGAUGUUUCUUUGCCGGAGGAAGGAGAGGAGCUGUCGGCGAAAGAGAGGGAUCUUGUCGUAGGGAAGGUGUACUCGAAGAUCAUGGAGAUUGAGUCUCGGUUACUUCCUUGCGGGCUUCAUGUGAUCGGAGAGCCACCGUCGGCGAUGGAAGCGGUGGCAACGCUGGUUAAUAUCGCAGCUCUUGAUCGACCGGAGGAGGGGAUUUACUCGUUGCCUGGGAUACUCGCCGAGACUGUCGGAAGAAACAUCGAAGAUGUGUACCGCGGGAGUGAUAAGGGGGUUUUGGCUGAUGUGGAAUUGCUUCGUCAGAUAACAGAGGCAUCGAGAGCGGCAAUCUCUGCAUUCGUUGACCAGACGACGAACAAAAAGGGACAGGUUGUUGAUGUGGCGAACAAGCUGAGCUCGAUGCUCGGGUUUGGCCUGAUCGAGCCGUGGGUGCAGUACUUGUCGAAAACCAAGUUCCUGCGAGCAGACCGCGAGAAGCUCCGGACAUUGUUUGGUUUCUUGGGAGAAUGCUUGAAGCUUAUUGUUAUGGACAACGAGCUCGGCAGUCUGAAACAAGCGCUCGAAGGAAGCUACGUCGAGCCUGGGCCUGGGGGUGACCCGAUCAGGAACCCGAAGGUGCUGCCGACGGGCAAGAACAUCCAUGCAUUGGACCCACAGUCGAUCCCGACCGUGGCGGCGAUGCAGAGCGCGAAGGUCGUGGUCGAUCGAUUGCUCGAACGACAGAAGAUUGACAACGGUGGGAAUUACCCUGAGACCGUUGCUCUUGUGCUCUGGGGAACUGAACAUCAAUGACUACGGAAGUCACUGGCUCAGGUUCUGUGGAUGAUCGGUGUACGGCCGUCGGCCGACGGUUUGGGCCGUGUGACCGGGUCGAGCCAAGUGAGCCUGGAGGAGCUCGGCAGGCCAAGGGUUGACGUCGUAGUCAACUGUUCCGGCGUCUUCAGAGACCUCUUUAUCAAUCAGAUGAACCUACUGGACCGAGCAGUGAAGAUGGUGGCCGAGCUGGAUGAGCCCGAAGAGCAAAACUACGUGAGAAAGCACGCCCGCCAACAAGCUGAAGAACUCGGUGUGUCGAUGCGCGAAGCGGCCACCCGUAUCUUCUCCAACGCCUCCGGCUCCUACUCCUCCAACGUCAACCUUGCCGUCGAAAACUCCUCCUGGAAUGACGAGAAACAGCUCCAAGACAUGUACCUCAGCCGCAAAUCCUUUGCCUUUGACAGCGACGCUCCGGGCAUCGGCAUGACCGAGAAGCGCAAGGUCUUCGAAAUGGCCCUCAGCACCGCAGACGCCACGUUCCAAAACCUGGACUCGUCAGAGAUAUCGCUGACCGACGUAAGCCACUACUUCGACUCUGACCCGACCAAUUUAGUGCAGAACCUCCGAAAGGACGGGAAGAAGCCGAGCUCCUACAUUGCGGAUACAACGACUGCGAACGCGCAGGUGAGGACGCUGUCGGAGAUGAGGUUGGAUGCGAGGACGAAGCUGCUGAAUCCGAAGUGGUACGAGGGGAUGAUGUCGAGCGGGUACGAGGGGGUGAGGGAGAUCGAGAAGAGGCUGACAAACACCGUCGGGUGGAGCGCGACGUCAGGGCAAGUCGACAACUGGGUGUACGAGGAGGCGAACACGACGUUCAUAAAGGACGAGGAGAUGCUGAAGAGGUUGAUGGAGACGAACCCGAACUCCUUCAGGAAAAUGGUGCAGACGUUCUUGGAGGCGAGCGGGAGAGGAUAUUGGGAGACGUCGGAGGAGAACCUGGAGAAGUUGAGGCAGUUGUAUUCGGAGGUUGAGGACAAGAUUGAGGGGAUUGAUCGGUGAUUAUUGUGGUUCUUGGCGCGGAACUGAUGCGCGCCCGCUUCGGCAUUUUUUAGGGCCCUUUUUUGGCUUGUAAAAUUAUAUGUGAUCACGUUGUGAGUUGGAGAUUGAUGUAAUUUGAUGCAACUCAUCACACGGUUUACAAAAAUUUCCAUGAAAGUCCUCAUUCCUGUGCGUUUCCA